AAUCCACACAGCUUCUUUGCUUCAGCGCCCAUUCAAGCAACAGUACUCUCUCUCCUACCUCACUCGUCUCUCUCUCUCUCUCUCCCUGCAAAAUCAUGGCGACGGAGACCGAGCUUGAACUUCAACAAUCACCAAUGGCGGAGGAGCAGCAGCCGAGUCCCUUCUCUCUCCCGCCGUAUCCUCAGAUGAUCAUGGAAGCGAUCGAAGCAUCGAACGACGCGAACGGUUGCAACAAGACGGCGAUCGCGAGGCACAUCGAGUCAACUCAAACCUCUCUACCACCGUCUCACAUGACGCUCCUCAGCUACCACCUCAACCAGAUGAAACAGUCCGGCCAGAUCACGAUGGUGAAGAACAACUACAUGAAACCAGAUCCGCAAGCUCCGCCCAAGCGCGGCCGCGGCCGUCCUCCGAAGGCGAAGCCUCAGGGAGAGUCAAGCCACGUGGCGGUCCCGGCUCCUGCUCCUUCCGUUUCCUCGCCGAGGCCUAGAGGUCGUCCUCCUAAGGCGAAGGAUCCUUCGUCGGAGGUGGAGACGAAGGUAGCGGCACCGAGUGGCUCCGGGAGGCCACGUGGACGACCGCCGAAGAAGCAGAAGACGGAAUCCGAGGCGGUUAAAGCCGAUGUUGAACCUGCGGAGGCUCCGGCUGGGGAGCGGAGAGGGCGUGGAAGGCCACCGAAAGCGAAGCCUGCGAUGGUGCCUGUUGGUUGCUAAAGCUUACGCUUAAGCAAAUCGAAUAAGCUUUGAUUAGAAGCUUAAGCAACAAAAGUUCUUUUAAAAAUAAUUAGUAUUUUUCUAAGUCGAGUUUAAUGGUUAAUUGUCUGUUAUUUUAAUUUUUAGGGGUUGAGUGGAAAAAAAAAUGUCGUCUGAGAAUGAGAUAAUGUAAUUCGAGUUUGCAUGUGGUGGUGUGAUGUAUAAAUUUCGGGUAUUUCUUUACCCUUUUUCUAAAGUAACGCUUUGGUGAAAAA